AUGCCAGCGGCGCGACUCCGAUCUCUGAGCAGCGUGACGGGGUUGCUCGAUGAGAUCAUCAUUCGACCAUCCAGACGCGCUCGAGAUCCGCAGGCAACGAGCCUGAAAAUCUGGUACCAGGUGCUGCUCGUGAGUCUGCUCUACGAGUUCGCAGCUAUUCCAUUCAUCAUCACGUUCCAGCCGGAGAUCCCGCUGACUGACAGCAUCGCUGCGAUCCUGUUCUACGAGUUCGAGUCGCUGUUUCUCGUCGAUUUCUACGUCAAGCUCACCACGGGCUUCUACAAGGACGGCAACCUGGUGAACGACAUCAAGGUCACGCACGUCAAGUACCUCAAAUCCAGAGAGUUCGCGGUGGAUUUACUCGCGAUGAUCCCCUUCUCCGCGCUUCCGGUGCGUUUGUCCACGUCUCCGAUGGUCCUGGAAGCGCACAAGGUGCUUCGAGUGUACCGGAUCCCGAGAUACCUCUCAACUGUGGACGACGCCUACGUCCGGCAUUUUGAGCUGCUCAAACUGUCCAAGCUGCUCGCUGGCGUCGUGUUACUAUCGCACUACAUCGCCUGCAUCCGCUUCUCCUUCGGCUACGAUGAGCACCACAACAACCACUGGCUGCCAGCGCCGCCUGAGCACGCAGCUACAACGCGUACGCAGUAUUUGAUGUCCAUGUUCUGGGCGUUCGGCCUGCUCACGGGCCUGUUCGAGGGCGAACUGCCUCACAACAUCAACGAGUUCUUCUUCACGAUCGCGGUCGCCGUCUGCGGGUUCUCCGUCUUCACGUACCUCUGCGCCACGUUCUUCCUCAUCUCCAAGUGCGAAGCCACCAACUCUGAGGUGUCCGAGGCGCGCAUUACUCAGCUCAAGCACAUUUUGACCUUCCACAGGGUGCCCGAUCACGUGAAAGAGCCGAUUAUCGAGUACUUGAGACACUACUACACCGGCACCGACACGAUCGACCGCGAAGUUACCAAGCUUCUGUGCCCAUCAAUCGGCAAAGACGUCCAGAUCGAGCUCCUCAGGGACGUCAUCGCUAAUAUCCCCGUGUUUUCCGGCUGCAGACCCGAGUUCAUCGAAGUGCUGACGUCGUUGCUGGAGCGGGUGUCUCUGCCCGCUCAGUGCACGCUCUUCAGCAUUGGAGACCCGGGAGACGCCAUGUACAUUAUCCAGGCCGGAGUUUUGGACGUUCUCGGACGGAAGGCCAAGAUCCGAGAGCUCCGCAAGAACGACUUUGUGGGCGAGCUGUCGCUCUUCUCGAGCUUCCCUCGAUCGGCCACAGUGGUGACCAACACGUACUGCGUGCUGUACAAACUCUCGCGGUUCCACACCGAGCUGGUUCUCGAAACGUAUCCGACUGCCGCGUACGGGAUUAAGAAGGUGGUGGACGCCAUUAUCGAGAAGACGCAGCUCAAGAGCAAGCUCGCGCCGCCAAUGCACUCCACUGCAAAGCGUCCGCCGCGUCUCCAACUUCGACGAGUUUUAAGUAUGAAGAAGAAGCGCUUGUCCGACGCGAUGAAGGACGUGUACGACGAGUACACGGCUCCCCGAAUCGAUGCCGUUGUGCCGAAGCCCUGGUGGGCGGUUCUACUGCUGAAGCAGUGUCUGGACUGCACUGGCGCGUUUCGGAUCGCUUGGAUUGUUGCAUUGGAGGUUGUUUUGGUCUUUAACUGGUGCUUGAUCCCGCUGCAGCUCAGCUUUCCGGCCUUCGACGACAUGGACUGGUUCAUUUACGUGAUUAAUGGGGUCGCUGACGCGAUUCUCUGGGUCGAUAUCUACGGGAAUUUCAAUCUGGGCUUCGAGCAGGCCUCCGAGACGAUUCGAGACGCGACCAAGAGCGCUCCUAGAUACUUGAAGGGCGCUUUCGUGUUUGAUUUCUUAUGUGUUCUACCGUACGAGAUAUUCACGCGCCCCACGCUACACUGCUUAGCGCGGGUGCCGCGCUUGUUAAGAGUGUGGCGCGUCCCGGGGCAUUUCCACGAGGUGGACGCGAUCUACCCUCUCCGAAGCAAGUACCGCCUCAUACUGUUCGCAGUUCUACUGUUUCUACUGAUCCACAUCGGGACGUGUCUGUACUUCAGCUUCACAUCUUUCGUGGGGUUCUGUGACGAAGAGGAAGGGUGGCUAUUGUACCAUGACGUGGAGCUUCAACGCAUCAAUGAGACCCAUUUCCUAGGCCACGGGGACGUCGUGUACAGUCUCCACGACGCAGAGCUCAAACGCAUCGCCACGAUGCAGUACUUGCGGUCGUUUUACUUCGCCACUCACAAGCUCACUGGUCUGGGCAAAGGUCUCGAGCCCGAGAACGAUUUGGAGUAUGUCGUCGCGCUGUUGUUCAUGUUUAGCGGCUUCGUCAUCACCGCUAUCGUGGUCGAUAACGUCCAGAAGCGCUUCACUGCGUCCGCGCACGAGGAAAAGGAGUUUUUCGCCAUCCGAUCACGAAUCCAGGGGUUUCUGCGUCACCAGGACGUGCCGUUCGUCAUCCACCACCGCGUCAACUUGUUCCUGGACUUCUGGUGGGCUUCGCACCGCGGCACAUCGGUUGAUGAGCUGCUAACAGAACUGCCCGUCUCCUUCAAGGUGGAGGUGUUGAGGAGUAUCUACCUCCCGGCGCUGCAGACGUUGGCGCUGUUGACUGGCGUUCGCCCCUUUUUGAGCGGUCUAGAGGACACUUUGGUCGAGAACGCGGUGAUGAUGCUCUUCGGCCAGGGAGAAUUCAUCUAUCGAGCAGGGGACAACGCGCGCGGACUCUACUUCUCCCUCGAAGGACGUGUAGUCCUCGACAAGAGCGGGAGACGUACCAAGGUGUCACGUGGAGGGUACUUUGGCACGGAAGUGCUCAGUAUUGACACGAUGCAAGCCGGGUAUACCGAGGACGCGGUAGCCGAAAGCGGCUGUGUUGUCAUUUUCCUAUCGAGAGGUGCGCUCCACAAGCUGUACUCGGCGUUCCCGCCUCUUCCGUCCGAGCUGCUGCAGCUUGAGGCUCGACUGCUUCAUACAAAGCUGGCCAAGUCGGCUUUCAAUAGCCAAGACCUCCGCAAGUACUCCAAGUCUGUGCGUCGAGUGUGUAUACUGUCGCGACCAGAGCGAGCGAUCGACCCCGACUCGAAGUACGUUAUCCUGUGGGAGACGUGGCUGUCUGUUGCCAUGACGGUGCAGUGGAUCCACGUAUUGAUCAACAUUUGCUUCGGCGCACUGGCGGAGGCCUCCACUACGACUGACGCAGUCACAAUAGCACUCGAAAUUUCCUUCGUGGUCGACAUUUACGUUCGGUUAUGCCUCGGAUAUCGCGAGUACGGCAACAAGAUCAUGGACUUGGAGCUGAUCCGUCGACGAUACCUCCGCUCGUGGUAUUUCGCCAUCGAUCUCACCGCUCUACUCCCGUUGUUCAUGAUCAACUGGCUGCCCUCUGUUCGACGGCGAGAGCUGUUUAAUCUCAACAAAGUGGUGCGUUUACUGAAAGUUCCGAACCAGUUCCGAGCCUUGGAGCAGCGGUACAUCAAGUUUACGAGCGAGCUGCGCAUGAUGAAGCUGGUGUACUACACGUUCCUGGCCACGCACAUCCUCGGGUGCAUCUACUUCGACUUCGCCUCUCACGCUUCAGGACUGUACGGCUCGGAGCUUGGUACUACCACGAGCUUCGGGGAGAACUCGUGGUCUCUGCCAAAGUCACUGGAGCACGGCGACUUACUGCAUCAGUACUUCGCCUCCAACUUCUGGGCGUUCGGCAUCAUGUCCGCGUCCAACACGGGGGAGCCGCCGCAGACCACGCCGCAGUGCGUGCUCACCAUUAUCACGCUCAACAUCGGCUUCUUCCUGUUCGCGUACGUGAUCGGGAACUUCACGGACAUCAUCGAGCUCGCGAACGCCGAGCACCGCGAGUUCAACACGAAGCUGGGCUCGAUUCGGCGGCUUCUGGUGCACUUCAAGCUGCCGAUCGUGCUGCAGAACAAGAUCAAGACGCUGCUGUUCUUCAAGCGCUUCCACUCCAUCACGCAGGAGGAGGUGCUGGAGCGGUGGCUGCCUCCGCCGCUCAUGACGGACAUCCGGCUGCUCAACUUGAACCCGAUGAUCGACAAGGUGCCGUUCCUCAAGGGCAUGAACGCGUCGAUCACUCGGAUGCUGGUGGCUCAGUUCAAGCAGGUGCUGAUCCUCAAGGACGAGUUCGUCUACCGAUUCGGGGACGACGGCACCGACAUGUUCUUCGUCUUCACUGGGGUCCUCACCAUGUUCGCUCCGAAGAGGAAGGACGCGUUGGGCUCUACUUCUGAAGGGAUACUCGAUUAUGAUCGCAUGCGGACCAUGCAGAAGGUGAGCGACGUCAGCGCGGGGGACUUCUUCGGGGAGAACGCACUGUUCGCCGACGCGCCUCGAACGUCUUCGGUCCGCAGCAAGUCGUCGUGCAUUCUGUACUCGCUCUCGAGACACUCGCUGGAGAUGGUGUUCGACCUGUUCCCGGACUGGAAGACGCGCGUCCUGCAGACGGCCAAGCUCCAGCAGAAGGAGAUGAAGCAGCGCGGCAACUCGGUGGUGGCUCUCGUGCGCAGCUUCAACAGUUUGCCUGCGUUGAAGCCCAUUGAGACUGCGACGCUGCCCACGGAGUACAUCGUGCAGGGCGCCUUCGCCUCUCCUGGAAGCUGGUGCUGCUCUCUCGACUGGCUUGGCAUGUUUGCAGCCGUCUUGGAGACGCAGAGUCCGUCGCAUAUUGUUUGGCUGCGUGUAGUGACUGCCAGCACGUUCUACGUGGCCUUCAUGCUGCCGAGUUGCGUCGCGUUCGAGGCGUGUCGAACGUGGAGCGGACUCUCGCUAGGCGCCAAUACCCUCGAAGUGUUCUGCUUCAUAGUGUUCGUGGUGGACAUUUGGGUCAAUUUGCGGCUAAAGAAGACGGAGCUGGCGAUGGAGCUUUACGAGGUGGACAUCCAGGAGUCGUAUCGCCACAGUAGACUGGCGGUGGACAUCGUCGCCGCUCUACCGAUCGAGUAUCUGUUCUACAUGUUCUCCCCGCCGACGGAAGUGGCCUGGCUGAGCGUGAACCACUGCGUCAAGGUGCUGAACGUCGCGCACUACAUGAACGAGAUCCACCGCCAGAGUGUUUCGUACGAGUGGGGGCGCCUUCAGACCAUCUCGCUGCUCUACAUGCUGGUCAUGUACUGGGGUGCGUGCGCCUACCUCCUGUUCGCAGACCUCGAAGGCUACAGCACCGAGUGGAACUCGUGGUUCCCCUCGGUAGAACUCGACGUGGACGACGAUUCUCCCAUGUACAUGUUGAACCUCCGUCUGCUGCGUGGGCUGUUCUUCGCCGUCACGGCCUUCAUCAAGAAGGGGCGGACGUUCAUGCCCGAGGGCAACGGCUUCAUCUUCGCCGUCAUCGUGUGCUUCCUAGGGCUGAUGGUCAUGGCCUUCAUGAUCGGAGAGAUCGCCAGCCUCUUCAUCUCGUCCAUCGACGACGAAGUCAACUACCGCAAGAACCACAUUGCCGUGGAGCACACGAUCGCGCGCUGGAAGGUCAGUCCAGCGCUCAACACGCGCGUGCACGUCUUCCUGUCCAACCUGUGGUCUUCGCAUCGAGGCGUGGUCUACCAAGAAGUGUUUAGCACUCUACCCCCGCAGAUCCGCCAGGAAACCGUGCUGCACAUUGUGGAUUUACCGCUGCAGGCGUUCCUCUUCAAAGUGUUCCGUCCGCUAGCGCAGGGCGAUGGCCCCAGCCUCACGCGACUCACCCAGGCCAUCGCAGACCAGCUACGCUUCGACAGUUAUCCGAGCGGGGAGUACGUCCUGCAGGAGGAGCGGAUGCCAGAGGGGGUCUUCUUCGUCGUGUCGGGCCAUCUAUUGGCGACCACGAAAGCUCGAGGCCCCGAUCAGCCCGUCGCUCAGUACAUGCGAGGCGACAACUUUGGAGAGCGCGCGAUCCUCACAUACUCCAUGAGCAACGUCUCGGUGCAGACGCAGAUGCCGUGCGACCUGUUCCUGCUGAGCACGCACAGCCUAGUGAGCAUCCUGAGCGGCGACGAGUUCUUCUCCAUCGUG